AAAAAAGGAGCCGCAGAAGCGUAUGAACGAAAAACGUGAGCGCUGCUGGGUGGUGAGAGCGUGCGAGAGAGCGCGGCCAUGAAGGAGAAAAUAAUAUCGUGGCAAAAGCAAGCGGCGGUGAAAAAUUCGAAUCAAAACCAAAACCAACGCCGCCCAACGCAAAACGUGCACGCGUCGUCGUUGUCGUACAGAAAAGAGAGUCCAAUAAUUUGAUUCAUGCGGGCGCCAAAUUAAUACGGCAAAGUAACUAAAAUACAAGCAAAAUUCUUAAAACGCAGUUCAAAAGCGCUUCUUAGGAGUGUGUGAGUUGGUCUUUCCCUCUGUCCAGAACUGAGAACAAAAUCAUAGGGAAAUACCUCAUCAACAACAACAACAACAACAGUAACAUCACGCGAAGGAAACGUGACGUCAUUUCUCUGUUGUUCCAUCCAUUGUCGUGUGCCGUUAUACACAGAAGCCAGGCUUUGCCAUCAACAUAAAAGCAACAACCAGAGAGAGAGAGAGCGAAAAAGUCACCCUUUGUGUGUGUGUGUGCGUGUGUGUGGUGUAACUUUGUGUGUCCGCACUCUUCGCCCAAUAAACCCGCCCACCUGCAGUUCUGGGCAGCCCCACCACUAAUCUCGAAGAUCGGACAAACAGAAAAACCAAGAGAAAGCACACGACGAGAUGUUCAUCGAAGAUGAUGCGCAAAUGGACAGCUUCUGGGUGCAGAGCGCAAUUGGGGCGAUCAAGGCGAUCGCGUUCGUGUACGACAUCAUAACCCUGCCGGUCUACUUGGUCCUGCAGAAGCCAUGGCAACGACGACAGGACUCGCGCCGAGUGAAGGCCAAGCCCAUUAACCAGAAACAGAAAAUGUUGGUCGAUGAGUCCAAGUACGCGCCGGAUGACAUUGAGGCCAAGAUCAUCAAGAAAGAUGAAAGCGAGCUGACAUACCGGACCACGGACCCGCCACGCGAUGUGCACGUGAAGAUGCUGCAGGAGAACAUCGAUACGCUGGAGAAGGUCUUCAACUAUGUGGCCAAGACGCACUCGAACAAGCGCUGUCUGGGCACGCGCCAGAUCCUCAGCGAGGAGGACGAGGUGCAGCCGAACGGACGUGUCUUCAAGAAAUACAACAUGGGCGACUACAAGUGGAGGACCUUCACCGAGGCGGAGCGGCAGGCGGCCAACUUUGGCCGCGGCCUGCGAGAGCUGGGCCAGAAGCCGCGUGAGAAUAUUGUCAUCUUCGCCGAGACCCGGGCCGAGUGGAUGGUGGCCGCCCAUGGCUGCUUCAAGCAAGCCAUGCCCAUUGUCACCGUCUACGCCACCCUGGGAGACGAUGGCGUGGCCCACUGCAUCAGCGAAACGGAAGUCACCACGGUCAUCACCUCGCACGACUUGCUGCCCAAGUUCAAGACCCUGCUGGCCCAGUGCCCCAAUGUGGACACCAUCAUCUACAUGGAGGACCAGCUGCACAAAACGGAAACCACUGGCUUCAAGGAGGGCGUCAAGGUCUUGCCGUUCAACCAGGUGGUCAAAAUAGGACAGGACAGCAAAUUCGAGAGCGUGCCACCCAAGGGCGAUGAUAUUGCCAUUAUUAUGUACACAUCCGGAUCCACUGGCACACCCAAGGGUGUCCUGCUGUCGCACAAGAACUGCAUUGCCACGAUGAAGGGCUUCGUCGAUAUGGUGCCCAUCUAUCCGGAUGAUGUGCUGAUUGGCUUCCUGCCCCUGGCUCACGUCUUCGAACUGGUGGCGGAGAGUCUCUGCCUGAUGACUGGCGUUUCCAUUGGCUACUCGACGCCGCUGACCCUCAUCGAUACGAGCAGCAAGAUCAGGCGGGGCUGCAAGGGGGACGCCAGCGUCCUGAAGCCCACGUGCAUGACGUCGGUGCCACUGAUACUCGAUCGCAUCUCCAAGGGCAUCAACGACAAGGUCAAUUCCGGAUCGGCCUUCAGGAAAGCCCUCUUCAAAUUCCUCUACCAGUACAAAGUCAAGUGGAUACAGCGAGGCUACAAGACGCCCCUCAUUGACAAAUUGGUCUUCAAGAAGGUGGCUAAACUGAUGGGCGGCAAGGUGCGCAUCAUUAUGUCGGGCGGAGCGCCGCUAUCUGCGGACACACACGAACAGAUCAAGACCUGCCUGUGCGUCGACUUGAUUCAGGGCUAUGGAUUGACAGAGACCACAUCGGGAGCCACAGUGAUGCACGAGAGAGACAUGACCUAUGGACGCACUGGUGGACCAUUGACCGUCUGCGACAUUCGUCUGGUCAAUUGGGAGGAGGGAAACUAUCGCGUCACCAACAAGCCAUAUCCGCAGGGCGAGGUGCUCAUUGGUGGCGACUGUGUCUCCCAGGGUUACUACAAGCUGCCCAGCAAGACCAACGAGGAUUUCUUCGAGGAGGAUGGCAAACGCUGGUUUAAAACCGGCGACAUUGGCGAGGUGCAAACCGAUGGCGUACUUAAGAUAAUUGAUCGCAAGAAGGAUCUGGUUAAGCUGCAGGCCGGCGAAUACGUUUCUCUUGGCAAGGUCGAAUCGGAGCUAAAGACAUGCGGCAUCGUGGAGAACAUCUGCGUUUAUGGCGAUCCCACAAAGCAGUUCACCGUGGCGCUGGUCGUGCCAAAUCAGAAACAUCUGGAGGAUCUGGCCGAGCGUCACGGCCUGCAGAACAAAACCUAUGAGGAGCUGUGCUCGUCGCCAGUCAUGGAGAAGGCCAUACUCAAGGAGAUUGCCGAUCAUUCACGGAAAUGCAAAUUGCAAAAGUUCGAGGUGCCCGCCGCCAUUACGCUGUGCAAGGAGGUCUGGUCACCGGACAUGGGCCUGGUGACGGCUGCCUUUAAGCUCAAGCGCAAGGACAUUCAGGAUAGAUAUCAACAUGAUAUUAACCGCAUGUAUGCCUCAUGAAAGUCAAUGUACUAAACACCAACCAGCCGCAACAGCAACAGCAACGACAACAACAACAACAACCAGCAUUACGAUAACUUGAGUUGAGGAGCAACGAGUUGCGACGAGACCCAGUGUGUACUGCCUGGCAGCCCAGUACCACUCCCACGCAGAGAGACACCAGCGACAAAACGAUAAGCACGCAUAACCAAAUCCGAAAACCAAAUUAGCUUAAGGAGAAAGAUCUAGGAGCCAAACCAGACAUGAUUUGAUUUGCCAGAGUUCUUUUGUUGCGAAUUAUACUUGUUCUUAGCCCAUAAUAAAUUGAGUUCUUGGAAGCCGAUGAGGGGUUUGGUUUGGCAGCAAUGCUUUGUGUCUGUCGGUGCUCAGAAUGGAAUGCAAUGCUGUUGAACAGAUUGACAAUGAUAAAGAUAUGCAAUUUAUGAUGACCGAAUGCCUAUGAUAAUGAUAAUGAUUAUAUUGAUGAAUGAUAUGAAUGAGAAUGAGAAUAUUGUGUAAUGUACAGUUUUCGGUUUUUAGUACACUCUGUGGCAAAAACAAUUUGCAUAAACAAUACUUAUUUUUAUAGAAAAACAUUAAAGUAAGCUUAAGUGGUUGCCUAUUAAUUAUGUACAUACAAUAUAUAAACACACACACCCACACACACACGCAUACAAGUUUAUAUAUAACUUAUAUAUAUAGUGUACUUCUUUAUUAUAAGUUCAAUGUAUGGAAAUUCUGAAGUUAUGAAAUGUAGCAAAAGCAAAAACCUAAGCGACUUGAUUAUGAAUUAAAAUAUAAAAUGCAAACAAAAAACGAUAUAAAAUAAUUAAGCACAUUUUCUUUGGCGUAACAAACAAAAAUGAAACAAAAGCAAAAGCAAAAGUGGAACCCUCCAUAAACUAUUUUUAGCACACUCAAAUGGCAAAAAAGGUUACAAACGGCAGAUGUAAUAUAUAUUUUAGCUCAAUUUAGUUCAAUGAAAAGGAAACGGGCCACAAAUGUAUUUUAUGGAAUCCAGUUUGUCAAAAGCAAAAGCAAAAACUCAAAAUUCAAAUGCAACUAUUGAAAGACUUAGUACUAAAAAUAAAUAACAAAAGCAAAACUUAUAUGAAGAAUACACCCCAACAGGGUAAGCAAAAAAAAAAAA